AUGGCAGAGAUCCUUGGGGUCGCGGCGUCGGCGACCCAGCUUGGUGUAGCUUGCUUUUCUCUUAUAGAUGUCAUUAGAAAGAUAAAAGGGAGUGCUUCGACGCUGAAACGAUAUCAUGAGCAGCUCCAAGAACUUCAGAACCUUUCUACCAGCAUAUCUGAGAACCCCCUUCUUCAAACCCCUGAGAUUGGUACACAGACUGAUGCUCUUCUUUUCAUAAUCAACAACAACUGCCUCAAUUCUUUGCUUCGCAAGGGGCGAGUACUCCGAUCCUGGGGCUUCUUGUACAGAGAACAAGAUCUUCUCGAUAUCUUUGUCAGACUUGAGAGACAGAAGAGCAACCUGUCACUGGCAAUUGAGCAAAUACAGUCCAAGGCCUUGUAUCAGAUUCAGACCGACAUCCAGAUCAUGUCCGAGAAGAGACCACUGGACUAUACUACCUCCAUAUCCUCUUCUGAAACUAUUUCGGGCCCUCUUGUUUCGCCCGAAAGUACAGAAACUACACAUUCGCCAAGUGUCCCACGUAUCCCCCCUGAUCUCCAGUCUCUACAUCACUACGGCCGCUACGUACAAUCUUUCUUGCCGCCCAACAUGGCUACGAACCCAUUUUCAGACCAGCGUUCCUAUUCCUAUCCCAACGCUUCGACCGGUUUCCCUGACCAUCAGUCUGCCUCCCAGCCCGAACAGCCGAGCGACCAUUCCCAUAGAUACAGCAUGGGAACAUACUACAUCAACGCAGUUGCUGGUCCAGGUCAUGAUCAGUUCAACGGAGAUUUGUUCCAGGGCGAUGGCAAGCUAUCAAAGGAAAUCGAAAAGAACAGGCCAGGACGCAAGGACACAACCCCAAAGUUCCACGAGGGACCUCGCAAGUUCGGAGCUGGAAACCAGUACAACGGUGGAAAGUACGAGUUUGAAGGGGAUAUCGAUGGUGCUACUGUAUCCGAUCUAAAUGGCCAUGUGUUCCUGAAUCCUCUAACCGCGCCCUAUCCUCCUGCUGACCCAGGUGAUGUCCGCUAUGGCGCCCAGUACAACGGUCAUGUUAUCAGCCAGAAGCACGUUGAGGAUCCGGAAAAGCAGGAGUGA